GUGUCAGUCUAGAAUAGACUAUAAAUUUUUAUUCGUUUACAAGUAGUUGAAAAAACUGCAGAAAUUAUGAAAUCUAUUAAAACGACCGAUUCACGCAGAUCAACUAUGUUUAGGAUUCUGAUCUGUCUAAUGUGUUUCGCAGUUCUGUCAACAUAUGUUGCAAUCCACUGGCCAACACAUUAUCCUGCAAAACUACAAACAUUUUCUUUGAACAAGACAUCAAAACUCAAAGAGACGAAAAACGAGUCUUUAAUAUUAACCGAAAACCCCCAAGUUAAAAAUAUGAAGAAAGCACUUGAAGCUGCAUUUGAUAAACACAUUUCUUUAGAGGUUGUAUUAAGAAUGCGUUCUAGACUGAAAAAAUUGGGAUUGUCAUCGAAUCUGACGAUUUAUAUACCACCCCAUCAACUGGACGACGAAAAACUAAGAUUUUACCGCUAUAAGAGAAUUAAGAAAAGACCAGUAGGACAAUUUAUUCCCCAGCAACGGACAUGCGCAGUAAUUGGCAAUAGCGGUAUUCUUCUGGGUAGUAAAUGUGGUGCUGAAAUCGAUGCUCAUGAUUUUGUGCUAAGAUCAAACAUGGCGCCGACUAAAAGGUACAAAGACGACGUUGGAAAUAAAACUAACCUAAUGACUAUUAAUUCGAAAGCAUCAAAAAUAGCAUUAAAGUGUGUCAAGCAGCAUAACAAAUACCCAUGCCCGGAGAAUCACCUGAAUAUAUUCCAAUAUUUGGAAGGUUCCAUCAUCUGGUUUUCCAAAUUUGGUUCUUUAGCAAUUCAUUGUUAUACGGACUUUGUGAAAUACUUUCGAAAAACGAAUUUAGAUCUUCUAAUUGCUUAUCCAUACAAGCCUAUACGUACACAAAUUCAAAGAUUCUGGAAAAUGAGGUACAGUCCAUCUUCUGGCCUGUUUUUAUAUACGGUAUCAGUUCCUAUAUGCGAUAGGAUAUCAUUGUAUGGGUUCUAUCCGUUUAGUACAGCCCCCGACGGCAGAAACAUUCCAUACCACUACUACGAAAAUAUUAGUUUUGAAUCUGGUCAUAAUAUGACUCAUGAAUUCAGCAAAUUGUUGGCGUUGAGAAAACAAAGAUACUUCAGAAUGGUUACAGAUAAAUGCAAUCUUUAAUAACUUAAAUAUAUUUGAGAAUGCCGAAAAAAUAAU